AUGAUGAGCGAUAUAGAUAACCUGGACCAGACCACCCAUGAUGGCGGCACAUACGACGAGAAAAACUUCGACGCGUACGAGAAGUACGACCAAGACAAGGAUGACGAAAUGCUCAGACAACUCAAAGUGGGGAAGCUCAUUUCUGAGAAGUACCUGUCCGACUUUAUAAACCAAGACGUUUUCUUCAUCGGGGAGAUUGUGGACAGGCAGGACAACAAGAUUACCCUCAAGUCGGUCAAUGGCAACAACGUCGACUGCGUCAUCAGAGACAAACUGGUCAACGCAGACGUCAAGUAUGUAGGAAUUAAAGGCACCGUGUCGGACGACUUAAAAAUAAUUGAAACGAGGGGCAUCACCUAUUUGGACGAAGUCAAUUUUGAGGUGGUCAAUGCUUAUGUGGAUAUUUUCAUGGAAAACGCCAACUCGGAAAUUUUCCUAUCGUCCUACUGA